AUGUAUCUUCUGAAAAAACGGUUUGAACUGAAUCAUGUAGGGCGGAUAAGCAGUGUAGCUUUGCUGAGGAACCCCCCCCUCAGAUCACUGAAAAUACGAGUGAAGAAUUUUGCAUACGCAAGAAGCAUAUACGAAUGCAGUACCUUGGAAGCGGGUGUGAAGCAUGCUCAUAGUUCUCCAGGUGUAAGUGUGAAGACAACAUUGGCACCAAAGUUCCUGCCCCAUGGAAGUGAUGCCAGUAGUAAAUAUAAUGAGAAUCUACGUAGUGUAUUUUUUUCCAACAGCAUGGAUGAAGUGAAAGACUAUUUUGAUAACAAUUUUAACGAAAUGAAAAACCAUGAAUAUGUGUAUUUGUUAUUUAAAAUGUAUGAAAUUAUUUUUUUAAAUUUUUACAAAACGUACGAAUCUUGUGACAUUUUGAGGCUGGACAAUCCGCAGUUCAAAUUUAUAACCCUUGACCAGUACGUAGAUGACUGGGUAGGGAGGUAUGGCCGUAGCAGCCGCAAGAGGGACAUAGCGACAGUAGGACAGAAUGAAAUUAUAUUUUAUGAAAAUGAUGAACAAAAUGGCAUUUGUGAUAAAAUAUUUGAUAGCGAGGGGUGUAUUGCACCCAAGCAUGUAAGCCAUGGAGAAGAUGCGGAGCAUAAGACGUGGAACGAUGCUGAACGAUUGAACGGGGGGAACAGAGAAAUGCACCACAUGGAAGAACACGCCUAUGUAGUAGAUACUGCCAACCUAGACGGCACUGCUAACCACAGUGGAAGCAAGUAUUAUUCUCCCCAGGUUAAUCUUAACACACUGAUGGACAUACACCUUAACUACGUGCAGUAUAUAGAAAAAUUAAACAUAAAAGAGAGCACAUGGAAGGAUUACGUAUCGUCCUUUAUGACAGAAAAGUACGAAGAGUUGUACAGAAAUGUGCUAAACGUAAUUUAUAAAAGGAUUUUUUUUUUUUCGUGCAAAGAUAUUAUUAACUACCUCUAUGUAACGAAAAGGAUCAACCUACUGUCCAUAAGGGAAGUCAGUAUGUUAGCAGAAAACGUGAUUUUGCAAAAUAUAAAGUACCUGGAUGAAGAUUCCCUAGUGAAAAUAGGCUACAUAUAUUUGAACAACUCCAACAAGGAGAAAAACAUUCAUCACAUAGGAAGAUACGGAAGUAAAAACUUCCUAGAAACGUACUUAAGCUUAGUUCAAAUUAAGAUAAAAUCAAUGAGUAAUGAGAAUUUUGUGAAAAUACUCGAAUACGUUAGUAGUAACAAUUACAAGCAUAUUCAGAUUUUUAGAGACUUAAAAACGGAAGUGUAUAAGAGGCAUAAUAAUCUGACGCAGGAACAGAUGGUGAAGCUCUUUUUUUUGUACUCUCAAAAUAUGAAUGCGGCGGAUGAUAUUUUGAUGCGUAAUUUUCUGAAGGCCAUAGUUGAUAUAUUUUCACAUGAGGGGGAGGAUUGCCAGAAGGAACGCGAUUUGGAUAAGUUGGACCAGAUAGACAAGUUGGGUGAAGAAGGAAAAGGGGAAAGGCACCCCGCGAUUGGCAUCCCCCUGUCUGUACUGCUGAACGGAAUAUGGACGAGUGCCAAGCAUUUUAAGGAUUACCCUGUUUUGCUGGUAAAGAGCGAAAAGGUAAUUUUAGAAAAUAUAAAAAAUUUUAGCGCCAGCACUGUUAGCAUGCUCAUAUGGGCUUACAGCACGGUCGAGGGCAAAAACCCCCAAGUGCAGUUCAGCAAUGAGUUAUAUUUCGAGUUGAAGGAGAGAGCCCUGGAGUUGCAUCAGCACAUGACUCCCAAGCAGCUAUCCAACAGUGUGCUUGGGUUAGCAAUCACCGUUGGGCGGACGGUGAGUUGGGAUGGGCGCGUGGACACGGAGAUGCAUGACGUGGUGGAGCAGCACCUAUUGCGUGUGGGGGGAGGGACGGAAAAAGGGGUUAGCAGGGUUGGGCGUCAGCCAAAAGUUCGUGUUGCAGAAAGGACUUUCCUAAACCUGUUCACAUCAGAAGACUUGUCAAACUUGUGCUAUGCCUACUCGCUUGUUCGUAGCGGUAGCAGAGAACUGCACAGUCUUAUCCAGUCGGCUAUAUUGAAGAACCAGAGUGAUUUGUCGCCCCAGGAGAUUGCAAAAAUAGCGUACGCCUAUGGAAACAUGUACUUCUACGCAUCGUAUACUCUACUGAGCUCAUUACAGUAUGAAAUUUUGCAACGGAUGCACCAGUUUUCUCACCACGAAAUAUGUGACAUUCUAUGGUGUUAUUGCGUGAACAGAUUUUUAGACGCCAAUUUUUGGAAGUGUAUGUUGCGUGCAAUUGAUAUGGAAAAGUUAAGAGACUCUCGUUGCUGUUUGUUAUACUCUUGUUUGUCUUAUGUGAAUCUGAUCGAUUCGUCCAUCCUAGAUUCGUACAACACGUUGCGGGUGUUUCACUUGGUUAUUGAACACUACUGGCGAUUUCAGAUGGCAGAAUACCUUCACAGGUUCGCGGACGAUGUGGUGGAUGCAAUGUACAAGGAGAACACGUUGGUGCAGGUGAAGAGUGACAGGAAGGGCGUGAGUGGGGAGCAGGGGAUGGAAGCAAAUAUGCAUGGUAGCGAGCGGGAUCACCCCUUCAAAUGUGUUAAGAAGGCAUAUGAUUAUGAAGGUUUCCUAAUUGAUAUCUACUUCGAACACAUGAAUAAGCGUUAUGCCGUGUUUCUUUAUAGCGCACUCAACACAAGUUCGGAUGGGUACCCCUUGGGAGAGAGUGUGCUGAAGGCUAGGUAUUUGAGGAGGAAGAACAUCAGGACGGUUCAUUUGCUUCACAGCAUAUGGAGCGAGUGCCGUGGGAAUCGAAUCGAUUUAAUCUAUGCUCAGUUGUGA